AGAAGAAGAAGAAGAAGAACGACACGACGAGAAAAGAAGAAGACGAAGACAACAACAGAUUAUAUACAAUGGUUGACGUAUGAAAACAUUAUUAUCUUUCGGUCGUUCUCUAAUUGCCUUCUAAUUCGCACAUAUCGAGACAGCGGCUGUAAGGCGUCAUGGCCGGCGUGAUCCGGAGGCUGGAUGAGACCGUUGUGAACCGCAUUGCUGCUGGAGAAGUCAUUCAACGACCUGCUAAUGCGAUUAAAGAAAUGAUUGAGAAUUGCCUGGAUGCAAAUUCCACCAACAUUCAGGUGAUUAUCAAAGAAGGGGGAAUGAAGCUGAUCCAGAUUCAAGAUAAUGGCUCUGGAAUUAGGAAAGAAGACCUGGAAAUUGUUUGUGAGCGUUUUACAACAAGCAAGCUUCAAACAUUUGAGGAUCUUGCAUCGAUUGCAACUUAUGGUUUUAGAGGAGAGGCACUUGCCAGCAUAAGUCAUGUAGCCCAUGUUACCAUUACCACAAAAACAGCAGAUGCAAAAUGUGCUUACCGAUCAUGCUACUGUGAUGGGAAACUGAAAGCCCCACCUAAGCCUUGUGCUGGAAACCAAGGGACACUGAUCACAGUAGAAGAUCUGUUCUAUAAUGUGCAAACCCGAAGGAAAGCCCUCAAAAGCUCCAGUGAAGAAUAUGCCAAGAUUGUGGAAGUUGUCAGUAGAUAUGCCAUUCACAAUUCUGGGAAAAGCUUUACGGUCAAAAAACAAGGAGAGGUGGUGGCUGAUGUGAAGACUUUUGCCAAUGCCUCAGUUUUGGACAAUAUUCGUUUGGUGUUUGGGGUAGCUUUAAGCAGGGAGAUGAUAGAAGUGGGUUGUGAAGAUCAAAAGCUUUCUUUCAGAAUGAACGGUUAUACCUCAAAUGCCAACUACUCGGUCAAGAAGUGUAUCCUCAUCCUGUUCAUCAAUCAUCGUUUAGUGGAAUCUAGUGCCUUGAAGAAGGCAGUUGAGACAGUCUAUGCAGCAUAUCUUCCCAAAAACACACAUCCUUUUCUUUAUCUCAGUUUAGAAAUUGCACCUUACAAUGUUGAUGUGAAUGUGCAUCCCACCAAACAUGAAGUGCACUUCCUUCAUGAAGACUGCAUCAUUGGAAGCAUUCAGAAACACAUUGAGAGUAAACUACUUGGCUCCAAUUCCUCCCGUACUUAUUUUACACAGACUUUACUUCCUGGACUCUCAGUAUCUGUCAGCGAAGUAAAAAGCAGUUCAGAAGCUGACCCCACUGAGCGUGUCUGUGCCAAUCAAAUGGUGCGAACUGACAGCAAGACACAAAAACUAGACGCUUUUUUACAGCCAGCAAAUAAACUUUCUUCAGUUCCUUGCCUUAUAACAAGUCAACCAAGCCCUGUACCAGCUACUAUUCAUUUUAAAGCAAUAAUGAAUGAAGGUCCUAAGGAGUGUCUGGUCAGUGCCACAAAUGACAUGCAGACUGAUAUCCAGUCAGAGGCUCCCAUGAGGAAACGGCCCCAUGUUGAUGUUGAUGAGGAAAAGGCGGAUGCGACAAUAGCCUGUACUGCAUGGAGAAGGGUCAUCAGGCUAACCAGUGUGAAGGAACUUCAAAAUGAAAUCACAGAACAAACCCAUAAAGGUUUGCAGGAGAUACUACAUAAUCAUUCAUUUGUAGGAUGCAUCAAUCCCCAGUGGUCUCUAGUCCAACACCACACUAAACUGUAUUUGUUAAACACCACCAGGCUCAGUCAGGAGCUGUUUUACCAGAUUUUGACGUUUGAUUUUGGUAACUUCGAUGUUCUUUGGUUGUCGAAUCCAGCCCCUCUUUAUGACCUUGCCCUCAUGGCACUGGACUCAGAAGAGAGUGGCUGGACAGAGGAGGAUGGCCCUAAAGAAGGACUGGCCCAGUAUAUAGUAAAUUUCUUGAAGAAAAAAGCUGAAAUGUUGGACGAUUAUUUCUCCAUCAAAAUAGAUGAGGAAGGGAAUCUGACUGGUCUUCCACUUCUGCUGGAUAAGUAUAGUCCUGCAAUGGAAGGACUGCCAUUGUUCAUCCUGCGCUUAGCCACAGAGGUGAACUGGGACAGUGAAAAGGAUUGUUUCCAUGACUUCAACAAAGAAUGCAGUUACUUUUACUCCAUAAGAAAAGAGUACACACUGGAGCCAGAGGCAGGAACAGACCAUGUAGAUGCAGAGCUGAGCUGGCAGUGGAAGGUUGAACACAUUCUCUUCAAAGCAAUGCGCUCACUCAACCCACCAAAACAGUGUAGUGAAGAUGGCAGUGUCCUCCAUAUAGCCAAUCUUCCUGACCUCUAUAAAGUGUUUGAGAGAUGCUAAAAACCCACUGUUAGUUUAAUAUAUUUGUAAUAUGAUGUGUGUUAAGCUGUUUACCUACAUUAUUCAUAUCCAUAUUCUGUCAUCAUAUUUGAUGGGCUUUGUUACUUGAAUUUUGGCUUUUGAUAAUUCAUAUUUGUAUUCAGAUGUUUAUACUUUAAGAAAAUUUCAAUUUCUAAUGUUUAAAAUCAAUAAACAUUUUAUUAACAAUU